AUGAAGCGAAAACAGUGGUACGGUUGGCGCAGCGGACCUCCCUCCGGGCGAAAUAAAUCCUACUACUACUACUACCGACAAGGGAAAGAGAUGAGAGAUGAGCUUCGUCACAUCCGAGCGCAGUUAGAGACCCUGGCUACGCCCGCAUCUUCUCUGCAGAGCAGUCCGCAGAUGUCGUAUGCGAGCGCUGCAGGGCCAUCGCCGACGAUCCAGACAAUGAACCGGGGCACCGUACCAGCAGCUAAAUCGGCACGAACAGCCGUCAGCGAUAGUCUCUACUGUACGGUGGACACAUCACGAGUCGAAGAAGCGAACAGGUGCCAGACGCAGAUCGGCAACAUCCGAAAAGCCAUAGAGAGCGACAUGAGAAAGAGUCAGAGGCAGGAGACUUGGAAAUGCGCAGCGGUCGUGACAGACGCUCGAAACCCCGACCGGAUCAAAAUUUUAUGCAGAGACCAAACCGAGUUGAAGCAGGUCAAGGAAGCAGCGCAGAAGACGGUAACUUCGGGAGCCAGGGUACUGAGAGAUCAGCUUUACCCUGUCAAAGUCGACAACACCAAGCGUACCGCAGUGCUGGACGCCGAAGGCAACGUUCUGCCGGGCGCAGCUGAGGCGCUCGGAGCCGAGAAUUACGUCACGAUUGCCAAGAUCACCUGGCUUAGCAACAGAGAAAGCCAAAGCGACCGAUUCAGUGCUUCAACUGUCAAGAGAUGGGACACAAGCCGUUUUCAUGCAAGAAGCCGCAAAGAUGUGGCAGAUGCGCGAAAGCAGAACAUCACCACAGAGAAUGCAAGGAGACAGUGCCAGUAUUCGACUUCGAUUUCGACAGACCGCGCUUCAGCUGCUGAAGGCCCUAUAGGAGAAAUCCUCCGGGUGAAAUACACAUACAUACACCGACAUUCUGUCUCAACAUCAAUCUGGAACAUCUCAACAACCAUGGCGGCUAUUGACGAAGCGCUUGCUUUCCUGAAGUCCUCAGAAUCGGUCAAUUACGCUGAAACAGCUCGCCAAUUUGGCUGCGAUGAGACCACGUUGCGCCGCCGCCAUCAAGGCAAACAGCGCUCAAGACGCGAUGCGGACUCCCUCUAUAAAUCUCGACUGUCAAAACAGCAGGAACUAGAUCUUGUUGCUUAUAUUCAUAAGCUUUCGUCACGUGGCAUCCCGCCUACGCUGUCUAUGAUCAAGAACUUCGCUCAGGAUAUGGCGAAAAUGGAGGUCGGAAAGAACUGGCCGUAUAGCUUCGUCAAUCGCCAUCGUAACGAGCUUGGUUGUACCUGGUUCGAUGGAUUUGAUGUGGCGCGAAAGAGAGCCGACAGUGCUUCAAGGUAUAAAGAUUAUUUUGAGCUGAAGAUACGCUCAAAAAUUGAGGAAUACGACAUCGCCCCUUGCAACACGUAUAACAUGGACGAAAAAGGCUUUCUCUUGGGUAUCAUCAACCGAACUAAGAGAGUGUUCUCUCUCAAUCAGAAAAAGCAAGGCAAAUUGCUCGGUGCAUCGCAAGAUGGCAAUCGAUCCUGGAUCACGUUCGUAGCUUGCAUCUGUCAGGACAUGACAUCGCUGCCUCCUUUCUCAUCUACCAAGGCAAGCCAGGACAAGUUCAGGAUGCUUGGCUUACGGAAUUUGACCCAGAGCAUCAAUCAGCCUUCUUUACGACCUCAGAUACAGGCUGGACCAACCACGAGCUUGGAAAAGAGUGGCUUGUCCCCUGGACGUAUCUCUAUUCGGUCCCUUGUCGACGGCAUAUACAAAUCAGCUUAUCCGGUGGAUGGCAAAAACACAAGGACUUGUUGGGCUGUCCAAACGCGAAUUCUGGACCUUGUUUUGGAACGCAUUGGAGGCGUCCUUCUCCCCGGAGAACAUUGCAAGCGGGUGGAUGCGGACCGGCCUCCUGCCUUUGGACUCCGAAGUCGUCUUGUCACAGAUUGUGAAGAAGGAAUACGACGAUUCCGAUGCAGGCAGCGAUUCGGAAGACUCCUAGCAUUGCAGCAACCUACCGCUCGAGAAUUACGACGGCUUGUCGACAAAGUGGUCGAUAAAUCCACCGCCAAUGCUGAAGUCAGUGCUCAGAAGCUGAAGAGCACUCUUGAAAGCCUUCAAUCCGAGGUUGAGCUGCUUAGAUAUGAGAACAAGGGACUCCGUGAGACUAUAAUUCAUGAGAAACAGCGCAGGCAGCGUGGUACAGCUCUGAAAGAUUAUCUCUUUGACCGUACGGAUCCUAACUCUGCUCAGGUCUUCAGCCCGCAAAAGUGGCUCAAGCUCGAGUGA